AUGAAGUGCAGUUCUGCCAUCGUUCUGGCCGUCGCCCAAGUUUCCACGGUCUUGUCUAUAGCCGUCGCCGACUCCAAUAUCGAAGACGUUGCAGUGUGUGGAAAACUCGGCGUCAUGAAAUGGGACGGUCCGCUUCCGGAGGGUGUCAACCGUAACAACAUUCGAAAAUGCGCAGACCAUCCUCUCGGUAUCCAGCAGUUGAAGUCCAAGAAUUCUCGAUCUGCCGUUCCUUCAAUUGCCAAAGCCCAGGCGUGCUGGUACGGGAGCCCAUCGGGCUCAACAAUGGAGAAUGGUGCUGGACUGCGUUGGAAAAUGGGCUUGGUUCGUGGAUCAGAUGUAAUUCGGCUAGAGACUGCAACACCCGUCAAGCAUGCGGCAGAGGCAAUUGCCGGGCCUGUGGCUGCAACUGUCAUUAGCACACAUCAGGCUCUUCUACACAGGACAUUUGCUCCAAUGCUCGCCUCCUUUUCGUGCUGUCUCCUGUUUUAA